ACAGCAUACGGUGUGAAAGUCUUUCCAAAGAGCGUUUGCUUGGGCAGUAUACAGUGUACGGACGCGGAGCCGGCGUGUCUUGUGGCAACUUGACACAGCCGCUCUGUCACACAUAACAAAUAUCACGCAAGCGAUUUGCUUCCCAGGAUUCAACCGCCCCCGGCAAGAACAUGGGGCAAGUUCCAUCAGCGUCCGCUGUGGUAAAUGUUGGUCAGCCUAACAGGACGGAAGAAGAGUGGCCACAGACUUUCGAUGAAAACAAGACGCACGUCUUCUCGGAUGCGGGCGUUUCCGGGAUUUCCCGCAUGCUCCACCCUGGCGCCACCCGUUUAAGUCUGGGGAACAGUGGCGUCGCAGGCACCGGGUCGAAUUGGUGGGUGGAUGCCAUGGUGUCGACGCCCCUCUUCCCGCAUGGUCGUAGCCCCGCCAGCGUGGGAGAGAGGCAGGCCCGUCACCAGAAACGCGUGAGCAAAUUCCGCGUAUUCGCGGAUGGAGUUGUCUUUGAAGGGCCGGAGGCUAUGGCCAUUGGGGACACGCACGAUCUGUCCAAGGGCUACGAGUGCGUGAUGGGGCGGCCUGUGACGCGGGUGACGGUCGGGGACAAACGCGCUCAGCAAGUCUUGGUCGCCUUCGCCGACAACAAAUUCUGGGCCGUGCCCUCCCGGCAGGGCUUCUCGCGGCAUCUCGGCGUCUCCCUUGUACUGGGGGACAAGACUGCCCGCGGGCCCAAGCAUACGCUGCGGGUGGGGGACAUUCUGCGUCUGGGCUCUGUGGGUCUCCUCGUCUCAGAAAUGCGAACCGAGGCAGAUGGGGGCAAAAGCCGCACGGUUUCCCAGGAGGUAUUGGAGCAGAUUAGGGAGGAUGUUCAGACGGCGCCGCGCCAGGUCUUGGCACCUUUACGGAAGGACUUUUUUAUGGGAAACAGCGUCCACGAGGAAGAGAGGACGGAAGAGGUAGGGAGGAGAGUGGUGAUGGUGGAGGAGGAGGAGGAGGACGAGGAGGAGGAGGGGGGGGUGGACAAUGACACGGGGACUGAGCACAGCGUGAGUUCGUCGGGAAGCGCGGGCCACCAGUCCCGGAGCCUAAAGGGGGGACUGGCUGGCCCAGAGGCAGAUUCCGGCGAGGGCGGGAACUGCAGGUAUCAGUGCUACAUUUGCAUGGACUCGGAGGAGGAGGACGGGGAUGUAUUGAUCGCUCCCUGUCAGUGCAAGGGCUCGACUGCUUUGGUGCACGUUAAGUGCUUGCAGCGCCUUUUGAGCACGGGGGACGCGGCCAAGCGGACAAGCGUCACUUCUACCAAGCACCAGAACUACACCUGUAAGAUUUGCAAGGCGCGCUACAAGACGCACGUCUGCCUGCCCGACGGAACCCUUCUGCCUUUGCUCAACCCGACACUGAUGCCCCCCUACCUGACCUUGGUUGUGAUCACACGGCAUGAGUCGCACCCUGACCUGUUCAACACAAUUUUCCAGCUCUCCUUUGCCCGGGCCGCCGAGCUCAGCAUGGGUCGUUCUCAGGGUUGCGACGUGGUGAUUGGCUACCGGACUGUGUCCACCAGGCACGCCACCAUCUCGUACUCAAAGGGAGAAUUCUACUACCAGGACGCCCGCUCCUCGAACGGCUCUCUGCUUUACCUGCGGGGGCCGUUAGAGAUCCCGACGUCUCGGUCCAUCCGCUUGCGCAUGGGCCGAUCCGUGCUCUCCCUGCGAGGGCGACACGCGCUGCAGCUUUCUUCCUUGCCCCGACGGGCCGCCGCGGACGCCUGGCGCUGGCUUUCUGCCACUAUGGGGGGCAGUGGUAAUGGGGGGGGAGCUGGUGAGGGAGAGGGUCAAGGCGUGGAAGGGCGGCGGGGCCGGAGGAACGGCGCUGAGGAGGGGACGGAGAGAAGAGGGAAUGAAGCUCGAGACCUGGAGGGCAGAUUGGGUUUGGAGCUGCUCCGGGAUUUGCACAUGGGCCGCUUUCAAGCGGCGAGGGCCAGGGAUAGCAGCCUCUUGUCGGAGGAACGGGAGGCAGGUCUGGGGGAGGCGGAGCGUGUCGUCUGGCGGUGGGGCUCUUCGGCGGGGAUGGGGGACGGAAGCGAGGGGACCAUCGGGAGCCGCUCAGGAACCAGCUCUAUGAAUAGAAUGGUAGACAGUCGCAGUGGUGGCGGGGGGGGUGGAGGGAG